AGAGCACGGUAACCAGGUGGGAAUCGGGCUGCAGAGGAGGGAAAGAGGGGAAAGAUGUGCUGCGUCUGCGGCGCCUCUGGUGCGCAAUCUGGGGACGGACUGAGGCGCGGCGACGCGCCAACACCCCGCUUUUAGAUGGCUCCAACAUUUGGGGUGCAAAACAGGUGUCAGGGAAGUGUCGUCACGAACCCCGGAAGCCGGAGGAGGUGGGAACAUCAGAGGGAAAGAUGGCAGCGAAAUCCGAUGGUCGCGGGGUCGUCACCGGUUUCGCCCAGCUGCACAACCUGGACGAGGUGGUGGGGACGGGAGAGGACGACACUCGGGACGGCAGCUCAUUCCACAUCUGCCACUGCUGCAACACCUCGUCGUGCUACUGGGGAUGCCGGAGCGCCUGUCUGCAUUACCUCCGGAGGAAGGGGAAGGGGAAGGGGAGAGAUGCAGCGCGACCACCGCAGGAGGAGCGCCUCUGGCUGGACUGCCUGUGGAUCAUCCUGGCGCUGCUGGUCUUCUUCUGGGACGUGGGGACCGAUCUGUGGCUGGCCAUCGACUAUUACCACAAGCAGAACUUCCUGUGGUCUGGCCUGACCCUGUUCUUCGUGCUGGUACCGUCGGUUCUGGUCCAGAUCCUGAGCUUCAGGUGGUUUGUCCAGGAUUACACCGGGGGAGGACUGGGCUCCGUGGAGGGGCUCAGCAGUCGGAGAGCAACAGUCAGUUUGCAAAGAGACAGGUGCUGCAGACUCUCUGUCUGGAUCUGGCAGACCCUCAUACACAUCUUUCAGAUGGGACAAGUGUGGAGGUAUAUCCGCACCAUGUACCUCGGCAUACAGAGUCACCGGCAGAAAGAGAACCAGCGGCGGUUUUACUGGGCUAUGAUGUACGAGUAUGCCGAUGUCAACAUGCUGCGACUUCUAGAGACCUUCUUAGAAAGCGCUCCUCAGCUGGUGCUGCAGCUCUGCAUCAUGAUCCAGAGCAACAAGGCUGAGUGGCUGCAGUGUUUUUCUGCCAUGUCCUCCCUGGUGUCCCUGGCCUGGGUGCUAGCCUCUUACCAUAAACUCCUGCGUGAUUCACGUGACGACAAGAAGAGCAUGAGUUACCGAGGUGCCCUGGUGCAUCUGUUCUGGCGCCUUUUCACCAUCUCUUCGCGGGUGCUCUCCUUUGCCCUGUUUGCCUCCGUUUUUCACAUCUACUUUGGCAUUUUUGUGGUGCUCCACUGGUGCGCCAUGGCUUUCUGGGUCAUCCAUGGCGGCACCGACUUCUGCAUGUCCAAAUGGGAGGAGGUACUGUUCAACAUGGUGGUGGGCGUGGUCUACGUGUUCUGCUGGUUCAACGUACGUGAAGGACGGACGCGGUACAGAAUGGUGGCCUAUUACGCCGUGGUACUGUUAGAGAACGCCAUCCUCAGCUCCCUUUGGUACGCGUACCGCGACCCAGCCACCACCGACGCCUAUGCCUCUUUUGCCCUCUGUGGCGUCUUCCUGUGCUUUGCCUCAGGUGUGGCCUGUAUGGUUCUCUAUUAUGGGGUCCUACACCCUAUGGGCCCCCGACUAAGGGUGCUGGCCAGCUCCUGCUGCGCCGAGCUGCUGUGGGGCCUUCCUCUUCCCCCUGAAGCCGAGCCGAUGGCUCCCACACCGGGACCUCGCGGCUCCCAGGCCACCCCCACACGGGGUCUGGCGGGGGAAUACGUGGAGUCAGACGAAACAGCCACGGACACCUGCCUUCCUGUUUUCCAAGUGAGGUCCACGGAGCCUGUGGACGCAGCCGGGAGGCCCAUCCGGCCCGAGGGUCCGCUCAUCAAGAUAGACAUGCCCAGAAAACGUUACCCGGCCUGGGACGCACACUUUGUGGAUCGGCGCCUGCGCAGGACCAUAAACGUGCUGCAGUACAUUAGCCCCAAUGCGGUGGGCAUCAGGUAUAGGGACGGUCCACUUCUCUACGAACUCCUGCAGUACGAAUCCUCCCUCUGAAGGCAUCUUCUCUCUCAGCUCUCUCACCCCUCUUACACACAAUAAUGCACACUUUACCAUUCUCUCAUUUCUCUCCUCCUCCUCCUCCUCUCCAGAUAUUAUCUCCUUCUAGUUGACAUUCAACUCUUACCCUCUCUGCUCUGUGAUCAUUCAGCUUUCCCUGCAGGAGAUGUGUGUUUUGUCAACCGAAAAUCUGUUAAGACACUCUAAACACACAGCUAUGAUUUAUUUUUUCAAAAGAAAAAAAAAAAAACACAGUACAGAGAGAAAAUUAUAAACUUACAGUAUCUUACAGUAUGUGAUAUAUACAGAAGUCUCAUAUAAAUCCUUCUACAGUGAUAGAAGAGGGUUCUGUAUGAGUGUGUAGAUAACAUAUGAAUGUUUCAUUAUGAAAUGUGUUUAAUGCAUUAUACUGUAUUGGUGAUUCAACCUGUGAAUACUUGUGAAGGGCAUAUUGUUUGUCCCUGUGAUAUGGGACUGGCGCAAAGCCUGAUGGGAAUGAUGGAGGAGAGCUUCAGAGAGGGCAGGUCUUUGCACAUCCCAACAUUUACUGCCAUUCUUUAUGUAAAUCGUUCAAAUAUUUGAUAAUGUUUACUAUGUCCUUAGCCCGUGGUUUAAAAAGGAAAAAAAA